UGAUCUGCAGUCAACUGGAGCUUUUAAAGAAGAAGAAAGAAAGAAAGCUGGCAUGUAAAUCAAAAACAGAGGCAGAAUGCCAAAACAUACUUAGGUGUACGAAAGAAAAGACACGACAAGCAGUGGAAGAAUUCAGACAAAUGCGUCACUUUUUAGAAGAACAGGAAAAGAUUCUGCUGGCCCAGUUGAAAGUAGUAGAGAAGGAGAUUGCAAGUAAAAGGGAUGAGCUGCUGGCCAGGUUCUCCGAGGAGCUCUCCUCUCUUGGAGGUCUCAUCCAGGAGAUGGAGGAGAAACAGCAGCAGCCCCCAGAGGAACUCCUACAGGAUGUGAAAAACAUCUUGGAGAAGAAUGGAAAGAGAAGGAAAUUUGAGGUUCUAGUGGGUUUUCCAGUAGAACUGAAGUGGAAGAUCUGGGACUUCUGUGAUAGCAUUUUGUGUCCAGUUGGCCCCAUGGAACUAUUCAAAGAUGCUGUAUUGUCUAGGCAAGAACUUCAGAAAGCAAAUAUCUUUCUUGAUCUAAACACAGCCCAUCAGCAACUCAUCUUGACUGAGGAUGGUAAGAGCGUAAGAUAUGGAGGCAAAUGCCAAGACUUGCCCAUCAAUCCUGAGAGAUUCAGCGGAAGUCCUUCUGUGCUGGGCAGCAAGGGGUUCACGGGAGGCAGACAUUUCUGGGAAGUCGUUGUUGGAAGUGAGGAGCAAUGGAUCAUAGGAGUGGCCAAAAAAUCUAUGAAGAGAAAGGGUGAUCUUGUCUAUAGUCCUAGAGGAGGCCUCUGGGCUAUAGGGAAGUGGGGAGGUGGGUACAAUGCUACAAAUGAGUCCCAUUUUCCUAGAUUGUCUCCAGUUGGGGAGCUUAAGCUGAUCCGAGUAUAUCUGAACUAUGCUGGGGGGCAAGUAGCUUUUUAUGAUGCUCAUACCGCAGCCCAUCUCUACACAUUCUCCAGAGCCUUGUUUGCAGGAGAGACCCUGUUCCCGUUCUUUCACAUCUAUGGAAAAGGCCACCUCAGAAUCUCACCAUAAGGCUGGCAAGCAAGCUGACCCCUUCUCUUCCUGCCAUGCACUCUGGAGCAGAAUUCUUCUCAAAAUCUGAAACUUUCUUUUUUGUGUUAUUUUGAAAUGACAUAUGUUCCAGUUUCAGAUUGAGUGUAGCCAAGCCUCCGUAGGGGUAUGUCAUUGAAGAAUAAUAUCAUGAAAGUUGA